AGUAUAAAAGUUUAUUCUUUCUUGAUAUAUCUAAUCGUCUAUUCUCGUUUAUUAAAGGCCCUGUUCUUGGGGUUUAUAUUUCUCUGCAUUUGAGCUUCAUCAACAAAUUUUCAGCUCCCAUCUUCAAUCUGUGUCAUCAAGAACUGCUUAAGGUUGUUAAGUGUUGGAGUUGAGUUUGAGCUAAAACAAAGGCAAAAGAUAAGCUAAACUAAAUUGAUUUGGUUGUUGCUAAAGGCAGGAAAUUUAACAAGGCCAAGAUCAGAUCUAGCUAAAAAGAUGUCUUUUAUGGGUACCCAACAGAAAUGCAAGGUCUGUGAGAAGACUGUUUAUCCAAUGGAGUUAUUGUCUGCUGAUGGAGUUGAUUUUCAUAAAGCUUGCUUCAGGUGCACUCAUUGCAAAGGCACCCUAAAGCUGGGUAAUUUCUCCUCGAUGGAAGGUGUUCUGUACUGUAAGCCCCACUUUGAACAACUCUUCAAAGAGUCGGGGAAUUACAACAAGAACUUUCAGUCAGCUGCAAAGUCGGCUGAUAAGACAACCCCGGAACUGACAAGGUCACCAAGCAAAGCUGCUGGCAUGUUUUCUGGGACACAAGAAAAAUGUGCAACUUGUGGCAAAACAGCAUAUCCACUUGAGAAGGUGACAGUGGAGAACCAAGCAUAUCACAAAACAUGUUUUAAGUGCUCUCAUGGUGGAUGCCACAUAACUCCAUCAACUUAUGCAGCCCUCGAAGGCACUUUGUACUGUAAACAUCAUUUUUCUCAGCUUUUCAAGGAGAAGGGCAGCUACAACCAUGUGCUUAAGUCUGCAUCAAUGAGGCGCCCUGCAGCUGCAGUUCCUGAAGCUUGACCUCCCAUGAAAAAGACCCCAUAAUUCGCAAUCUCUGAGUAUGUUUCCCUCGAGUGCCUCAUUGUGGUUAACUGACCAAACUUGUUUGUCUUGUUUCUGCCAUUUGGUGGGCAUCUUCUGUUUAAUUUUUAACUCGAUAAACACAACCUAAAAAGUGUGAAAUAACUUCAAAUGGGCUUCCGUCCAUGUUAUGUUUGUGGCCAUCUUUGCUACUGA